GUUCGUGUAUUGUUAGAAAUUGCAAUGAAUUUUUGAAUUUAUUUCCUAUUCUCCUAUGUAAUAUUUACAUCAAAAAAUGGUUUGUUUGCUCAAAUUAAGAAACGAUUAUCGGAUUAAGUGCAAUCAUAUUUGGGUCACCAUUCUAUUAUAAGUUAUAACCAUUUCAUUCUGAAUUAUGUUAAGGUUACAGCAUUUUUCUGCAUGUGUAAACAAAAAUUUUGAAUGUGGCGUAUGUUUUGGGUUUAUUUGCUAUACAUCUUAAUUAACAAAUGCUUAUCAUAUAACCGGGAUGUGGUAUCUUGUUUAAAAGUAUGUUCUUUCCCUUGUUAUGCAAAGGAAAACACAGAAGUCUGUCCAAGACAUGAACAUUUUAAUUUCAUUGAUUGGGAAUCAAACUUACCCUUGGGAAGCAGAAUAAAACAUGAAAGUAUGGCCAGCGGGUCAGCUUUGAACGGACUAUAUAGACCCAGAAGUGCCCUAGCUCGUGCAAUGUAUGAAAAACAUAGAAAUGACAGAUACCUACAAGAAUUUGAUCAAAAUGAGUGGUACAAUGUUGACAAGAGCAAGCUGAGCCAGGAGAUGCAGGAGAAGUUUGUCCAGCUGCAUCCGGAUAAGGAGACGCAGGAGUUCCUCUCGGAGUCCAUAGACAAGUCCACCUGGAUCUGGACGCAGCUGUGGUACCUUCUGGCCAAGUCUGUACUCCGACAUUUCUGGACCACCACCGAUAUUAAUGGAUGGCUGGGUCGCGGCUCCAUGUUCGUGCUGUCUGAAAGCCAGACCCGGCUGCUGCUGAACCGCGUCCACUGGGAUAGCAGCCAGCCCAGCGCGAUGGUAGACGUGGGCGCGGGAGAUGGUGAAGUCAGCAGCCGGUUCGCACACCUCUUCAGUGCCAAGUACGCCACUGAGAUAUCCGCCUCCAUGAGGAAGGUGCUCAGCAGCAAGGGAUACACGGUGUUGGAUGCUGAUAAGUGGUCGGAGCAGCAGCAGUUCGAGUGUGUGUUCAUGUUGAACCUGCUGGAUCGCUGCAGCAAGCCCCGCGUCAUGCUGCGGCAGGCCAGCUCCGCACUCCGCGAGGGUGGUCUCCUGGUGCUGGCGCUGGUGCUGCCCUACAAACCCUACGUUGAAGUAACCCAAGACCACAAACCCGAGGAGCGUCUAUUGAUUCAGGGGACAGGGUUCGAAGAGCAGGCGUCGUCUUUUGUGAAGUUCAUGCAAGAGGAGAUGGGGUACGAGCUAGCUGCCUGGUCGAAGGUCCCGUACCUCUGCGAGGGAGACUUCGCGCAGGCCUACUACUGGCUUGACGACUCCGUGUAUGUGUUCAGACCAAUUAAAAAACCAUGAACACAUUCAACUUCAACAUUUUUCCACAAUUUACAUUUUUAUAUACUAACCCCCUUAUUCAUAAUGGUCCGCUAACUUUAAACAGUCGCUAAGGAGUGUUUUUUCUCGUUCUGACUUAGGUCAAUAGAAGAAGACAGAGUGAGAAUUAGCAACGCUUUAAGUUAGCAGACUAUUAUGAAUAAGGGGGUUUAUUUAUACUUUUAAGAAUACCCACGAAUUGAAUAAAUUUUGAAUAAUUUAUACGUCUAAGUAUAGACCGUGACAGCUGUGAACAUGUCGAAAAAAUAGCGGUGAACUGUUAGACUCUAUUUUCAGCAACGCACGCACACUAAUACAAAGUGACUAACAUAUCACGAGUGUAAGACGUAGCUGCCCUGCACACUUAAGUAAUCUGCCUGCCUGCGUGAAAUGUUGUAAGAAUAUGACUAAGAAUGUUAAGAUUAAGGGUUCACCGUCACCUAAGAUCAGUUUAAUUUAAUUAAUUAGUUCCUAAAUAAAAUAAACCUCAAUACAUUAUUGUAUUCUGUAACAUGUAGGGAGUUGAUUGCAUUUAAAUUGUACUAUUUUUAAUUAAUUACUAAAAAAUUACAUUCAAUGUUUGUCUCUGGGUUAGAAUUAAUUGUAUUUAUAUUCUACAAAUAUAUAGAAGUUUUAUGAGAGAAAUGGAAAUGGGUAAAUUCGAAAUUCAAAUAAUUAAGUCGUGUGGAACAACUUUACAAACGUAACAUUCAUAUUGCAAUACAUAAAGGCGACAAGUGAGAUUAUUUAUUUGAUAACCACAUUAUAAAUUCAUGUUUUUUUUUUAUAAAAGAAUUCAAAACGGAUAAAAACCAUAUGUUAUUUCUAUUUUAUAUUUGAUUGUUAUAUAAAAUUACAUUAAGCAUAUUUUGUCUAUUUCUUAUCUUUAUAGUCAGUGGCAAUGUGAAAUUAAACUUUAUUAAUAUAUUUUUACAAGUAUUGGAUUUAAAUAGUUCUUUUUUAAAUUAAAUGUGUGAGUAGGCUGUAAUCAUUUGGGCUUCAUUUUAAUAAACAUUCCAUCUUCAAUACUUAACUUACAAUGCCCCAGUUUUUUCUCAACUUUUUAAUAAAACCUUAAUUCGUAAUAUAGAUCUUCAAAAACAAGCUUCAAUUGUUUUGGGAAAUUAAAUAAUUUUUUCCAUAGAUUAAGAUAGACAAGGUUGUUAUUUAUGUAAGGGGAGAAUUUUACUUUUAAUGGUUAAAUUUUGAAAUAAAAAAAUGUUUAGGUUAAUGUUUUUUUUACACUGUAAUCAUUUUGUACGGUAUCUAUAUAUUGCAGUAUUGUAUUCUAAAAAUUAUAUGAAUACAUUAUACCUGGUAAUUGGAAAUGUUAACUUGAUAUACUUAAUACGUAAGUAUCGAUCAUUCCGCGGUGCAAAUGAUACCCUGAUUUAAUUAUUACAAAUAAUUGAUUUAUUUAUUACAAAUAAUUAAAUCAGGGUAUCAUAACGUCUACAUUACACGAAAUUGACGUUUGAUUUAAAUAUUAUGAUAUUAACAUUGGCUGUUCACGUUUUUUACGUAAUUGCGAUUUGCUAAUUAUAUGAAUGUUAAGUACUUAAUGUGUAGGUGACUUUGGGUUAUUAUAGAAUAGAUCACUGAUUCAUUCAACACCGGUAUAGUAUAAAAAUUAUCCGAUGCGCCAUUGGCUUGUUAAUUUUCGUCCAGGUGGCCAUUAAAUCGAAAUUAGGAAUUUCCCAAAUAUAUUUUCCCACUUAUAUUUUCUUCUAAAUCUUCAAAUUCAUUUUCUAAAAUUGAAGAAGCGGUACAGUCGAUUUUUACAUUCAAAUGCAAUCGUAAAUUAACGAGCCGAUAUUAAUAUUUUAAUCUAUCAUAUUGAAAUGUUCUAAUAAUCUUUUGUUAUUGAUCCUAGUGUCUGAUGAUUUGUGUUGAUUAAAUAAUCUUGUAUGAUAGAUCGUAUCUAGAGAACGGUCGUAAGUUACUCAUAAUAAUAUAAACUGUAUACCGGUGGAAGUUCUGUCACAAUCGAUCCAGUCGUUUUGGAGAGUAGCCGGAACAAACAGAAAGACAGACAAAAAUAAAUAAAAUGUUACUCUGGUACAAAUACCUACUAGUGAACAUUCGUAUGUAUUUAAUAUAACGCUGUUAUUUUAAUAUUAUAAGACUUCACUUUAAUUUUAUUUAUAUGUAUUAAUUAAUUGUAAAUUUUACUUGGCUUGAGGUCUAAAACUAAAAAACUAUUAUUCACUAACGGCCGUUUUCAAUAACCUCAAACACAACAAGCUUAAAUAUCCUUGGUUUAACUUACUAGAGGUAGACAAAUCAAUAUUGGACAUAAAUAUGGAUAGAUGAGAUCUUGUAAUUAAACGGUUACAGCAAUGUAUCCGUAACUAGAGAUACGUCAUUGAAAACGGCCGUUAGUGAAAUAUUCCUGAUAGCAGUAAUUUUAUGUUGUUAACAACAUUACGUCAAAUGUAAUGUAAACAUUUAAGAAGUAUGUCGCGUAUUGUAUGAUGAUGUGCUUUUGUAUGGUCCAUUUUUCGAGGGCAUUCGUAUUGUAUUGUCUGUGUUUCUGUCACAAGUUUUGUUUGUCGAAGUAGCGUUGCAUAUCUGGUAUGACGAAAGAACAUGCGCUGCUAAGCUACGAGAAUUCUGCCCGCAACGAAGUCGCGUAGAAUACUGUUAUAUCGCGCCUCCUAGAACUGCUCAGAAUAUCGGGAUAAAACUAUCAUUGUUAUCAAAUGUUUCAUUUAAUCACGUUUAACUAAAAAGCUAAAAGUAAAUCAGUCUCCUUACAAGGUUAGGGCGUACGUCUUUCAUUUGGCACUUUUCACCCGAAGUGAAAAAUUAUCUGUUAAUACGGCUUUACUCACGUUUUUGUCAGUGUCGCUACCGACUAGUUUCGGACUAUUCGGAGGUCCUACAUCAGGGUGAGUGUGGUAGGUUGUUUAAAAACAAAAUAAAACGAUAAGAGCCGAAUGAAUUCAUUAAAAAAAAGAACCAACCACGUAGAAUAUUUUCAUUUGAUAUUAACCUUUUACUAUUCCAAGACAUCAACCAUCACCAGAACAUCAAUGUACCUACCGGAUGAUGAUAUGAAAUCAUAAUAAGGUUCAUAAGACGAUAUUUAGUAUUUUUUGUUCUGACUGGUCGAGCUUCCCCCAGUUAGCUCUCAGACGGACUUCAUCCGUGGGUUACAUGGCCGAGCGUGAUGACUCAGUUUCAUUCGAUUACAUAAAAUAAAUCACUCAGCGCGCCUAUAGUAGUUUUCACUUCCACUUAUAUCAAUAAAAUGGUAGAAUUUCCUUCUCGAUUGGACUGACAGAUAGACACUCUCUUCUCAUCUGUGUGAACAUGUGAAUAAUGAAUUAAAAUAAUGUGUAAUAAUGUAAUGACGCGCCGUGUUACUACAGAGUCGUAUCACAUAAACUCAGUUGUUACAAGACGAAUGUUCCUCGUUAUCCUCUACAUUGUGAUAUUUUAACUCUUUGUAUAUUGUGAACUUUACAUUUACCUACUCGUUAAAAUAAGUGUAAAUUUAUUAAAUCGAUACCCAUUUUGAUUAAAUGUUGUUUGUAAUAUAAACAUAAAGUUAAAACACAAUAAAACUCUCCAGUUCAUAAUU